AGAGAGAACAAGGCACACAAAUGGAAGAAACUGUUGCUUUGUGUGUAGGAGGAAAGAUCGGAGAGUUGCUGAUUAAGCCAAUUCAACGAGAACUUGGCUAUUUCUUCAGCUUCAACAGUAACAUUCAAGAACUCGAAACUCGACUAGACGAACUAAAAGCAACCAGAAACGAUAUACAAAGAAUGGAAGAUGCAGAAAAGAAGAUGGGAAAAACUCUGGGUGAUCGAGCCCAGUUGUGGAUUGAGAAGGCAGAUGGAAAAAUUGUAGAAGCAGAGAGUGUUCUCAAUGAAAAGGCCCAGCUUCAAAAAGGGUGUUUCUCCAUCAAAUGGUGCCCUAAUCUAAUUUUGCGCUUUUCUUUGGGAAGGAAGGGGAAGAAAUCAUCUUUGGUUCUCAUCGAGCUUCUUCAAUCCGGUGGUCAGUUGCCGCAUACAGGUCAGGCCUUACCCAUGCCGUCCAUAAAUAUGCGCUAUUACAACGGAGAUGCUCGUGAUUUCGAGAGCCGAAGUCAGAUUAUGAAAAACAUCGUUGAGAUGUUACGGGACGACGAGACAAUGUUAAUUGGGAUAUGCGGGAUGGGAGGUAUUGGAAAGACCACGUUAGCCAAGCAAAUACUACAAGAGGUAAAAGACUCUCAUAAGCAUUUAUUUGACGUUCAAGUUAUUUCAAUUGUCUCAAGUAGUCCCAAUUUCAAUGUUAUCCAACAAGAAGUUGCAGAGAUGUUAGGGUCUUCUCUUAAAGACUUAGAGGGUAAGACUUUAAGAGCAGAACGUUUACGAAACACUUUUAAUAACAAGAAAGUUGUUGUCGUGUUGGAUGAUGUUUGGGAAGAGUUUGAUUUAAACGCUUUUGGUUUUCCAAUAACAAAAUCAGAUGCUGUUGGGUGUUGCUGUAAAAUUAUUUACACAUCUAGAAUUCAAGGUUUAUGGUCAGCUGAACGGAUCAUCACCAAACAAGAAUUCUCUCUUGACGUAUUGUCAAGUGAAGAAGCUUGGAAUUUUUUUACCAUAAAAGUUGAUUUACAGGUUGUUGAUAUUGAUUUUCAUUGGAAGAAUAAAAUAGCUAAAGAAAUUGUAAAAGAAUGUGGACGAUUGCCCCUCGCGCUUGGGGUUGUAGGUGGAGCUCUUAUAGGAAAAGACAAGCACGAGUGGAAGAAUAUGCUACUUCAAUUGAGGAAUCAAGGUCUAGAUCAACAUACAGACAAGAUAAAUAAGGUUUUGGAAACCAGUUAUCACUUCUUAAAAGAUCUCAAUGCCCAGUUCUUGUUCUUGCUCUGCUGUUUAUUUGGAGAAGACGAGAUCAUUUCCAUUGAGACGUUGUAUCGUUAUGCGGUGGGUUUGCAGCAUUUCAAAGGUAUAAAUAACCUUCAACGGAUAAGAGUUCAUGUCUACACAUUAGUGGACAACCUAAUAAGGAGAAAUUUGCUAAUAAAGUUUGAAGAACGAUACCCAGGAGAACUUCAUGCGGUGAAAAUGCACGAUUUGAUAAGAGAUGUUGGAAUUUCAAUUGCAGAACAAGAAAAGAAGGGUAUUCAUUUUCUAAAGUACGAUGGUGUGAACCAACUAGAGAAUGUAGUUACUCCACACACUAAGAUGAUAUCUAUAUUGUUGCAGAAUAAUAAUCUAGAAGUACUUGAUUCUAUGGGAUUUCGAGGCUCAAAAUUGGAAAUACUACGGUUGGAUAAUUCAUAUUAUUACCAUCCAAAUAUUAAAGUAUCAGGAAAUUAUUUAUUUCAAGGAGCAAAUAAUCUCAAAGUUCUUGAUAUAAACGGAUUUCACAGCGUGAUUAGUGAGUUUCCAUAUUCUUCUUCUUUAGCCAAGUUGAAGAUGUUAUCUUUAGAUGGAUUGAGUUUGGAUAUGGCAACCAAUGUAUCUUCCAUUGGAUAUAUGAAGUGUUUGGAAGUCCUUAGCCUUCGAAGUUCAAGUAUAAAAGAUUUGCCUAAUGAAAUAAGUGAGUUAACAAACUUAAAGUUGUUGGAUUUGACUAAGUGCAAAUGUUUCAUAAUCAAUGGUGUUCUUUCUAAGCUUACUAAUUUACAAGAAUUGUACAUGUGGAAGAGUUUUAAAGAUUGGAAACUACAAAAUGAAGACGUUAAUGAUGGAGACAAUCAUGCAGCAGGACUUGAUGAGUUAAAUUGUUUACAUAAAUUAUGGAGAUUGGAAUUGAAGGUACCCAACAUUGAACAAGUGCCGAGAGGUGUUAGGCUAUUUUCUUCUUCAACAUUGUUAGAACAAUUCAAGAUAAGAAUAGGAGGAGCAAGAGAAUAUAGUGAAUAUAGUGAAUAUGAAAGUGAGGAAAGACGACUAUGGUUGGAGAAUGUUAGAAACAAUACUAGUCUCAUACAUGAACUUGGGGUCUUAAUAGAAAAGGACAUUACUCAUCUAUAUUUAUGUGCUGAUUCUGUCAUGUGGGAGAAGACGCAUAUAAACAAAUUCCUAUCGUUGAAGGAUAUUGUGCUUAAACAAUGUGGAUCCCUUUUUCCACAGUCACCGUCAUCGGUGCAGACUUCAGAACUUGGUCGUUGUUUGCGGCGUAUCGAACUAUAUAAAUGCAAUCAAAUGAGGCACUUAUGUUCUACGUCAAUAUCAAAGAAUCUCACAAAUCUCAAAGUUCUCGUUCUCGAAGAAUGUGAAAUGAUGGAAGAAGUUGUUAGUUUUCAGGAUGACAAAGAACAACUCAAUAAAAUUGAGUUCAAUGUUUUGGAAACACUUAAGCUUUGUGAUUUGUCUAGGCUGGAAUGCUUUUGCAAAGUAAUCAAUGUGAUUCAUUUUCAUAAACUAAAAACAUUGGAGCUAAAUGAUUUGAAGAAAUUUAUCUUUCCAACCAAGUUAGAAAUACCUUACUUGGAGGAGCUGAGUAUGACAUCUAUUCUAAAUAUUGAAACUUUGUGCUUGCCACCAUCAUUGCAAAAGUUGAAUAUUGAUAGGUGUGACAAUUUCCAAUAUAUUGACUUCUCUAAUAACAUGGUGUCUAAUAGCAUGGUGAUGAAGGUUAUUUCUAAUCUUAGAAAUUUAACCAUUCGAAAAUGUAAAAUGUUGAACGGAGUAGUAGGAGUAACAAUGGGUGUAGGAGAGCAACAGAGAAAAUCAAUUGAAUUCCCUAAUUUGUUGACAUUGUAUCUUGAAUCCUUGGACGAAUUCACGAGUUUUGUCAUUACUGUCAACAAUUUGGGUGACAAGGAAGAAAAGUCGCGAAAUGCCCUAUUUUAUCACAAUGAUUAUCAGGUCAUGUUUCCUUCUUUACACGAAUUGGAAAUAAGUGCAUUGCCGAAGAUAAAUUAUAUAAUAGGAAGGAACAGUGAACAAGUAAGAGUUCAUGAUGAUAUCGAGGAAUGGCAUGGCAGGGAAUUAUUAGUAUUUCCUAAUAUGGAGACAUUGCGGCUUAAACAUUUAAAGGAACUCGUGAGUUUUGUUGGAGUGAUGAACAAUAUUGACAACAAUUGCAAAAAUCAAAAUGCAUUAUUUCAUCCUGACGAUGAUGAUGAGGUCUCAUUUCCUUCUUUACAAAAGUUGAGUGUAUAUAGAUUGCCAAAGAUAAAUUAUAUAGUAGAAAGGAAGACUGGACAAGUAAGAAGACGUCGUGAUGAUGAAGGCUAUGGCAAGGAAAUUCAACAACCCAUAUUAUUAUUAUUCCUUAAUUUGAAGACAUUGGAGCUUGAUCAUCUAGAAGAACUCGUGAGUUUUGUUGGAGUGAUGAACAAUAUGGACAACAUUUUAUUUUGUAUGCAGGUCUCAUUUCCUUCCUUAGAAGAGUUGACAAUAGAGGAAUUGACAAAGAUAAAUUAUAUAGUAGGAUGGAAAGAGGGAGAAGGACAUCAUCAUCAUCAUGAUAAGAUAUUUCCUGUAUUAAGCGAACUGAGGUUGAAUAAUUUAAGCAAUUUAAUACAUGUGUAUGAAAUCAACCAGCCAGGACUAGGAGUGCUUUUAUUUCAAAACUUGACACUCCUGACUGUUGAUGGAUGUGGUAAAUUGAGAUAUUUGUUUUCAGAGAAUAUAGGUAGAGUCGCUGCCAAGCAUCUUGUGAGUAUAAGUAUCUAUAAAUGUGGAAUGAUGGAAGUGGUGAUGAAGAAUAUUGAGGAGGAGGAUUUAAUAAUAAUAAUAGAAGAUGAUGUUAAAGAAGGAGGAGGAAGUAAUUCUCUAGGACAUACUCAUUUCUUGCCACUCCUUGAGAGAUUGUACCUCAUGGAACUAUCAAGUUUGAGGAUCUUUAGUGAUGUUGCUUAUACUUGGGCCUUGCCAUCACUCAGUUCGCUCGAGGUGUUAAGAUGCCCCAAGCUAGAGGCACUCUCUACCGGCUAUUUGGAAUAUUCUCCAAGGAUGGACCAUCUCUAUUAUGGUCAUAAUUAUAGAGAAGAAGUAAAAGUAAAUGUAAAGGAUACUUGGAAAGGUGACGUUAACAAAGCAUUGCGUCAUUUAUUUAUCAAGAAACAAGAAGAACCAGUAGAGAGACUAGAGAACAUGGAUGAAGAAUCAGAAGAUGAUGAAGAAGAAUGA